UAUCCGAUACAAGUCAUGUCGUUAAUCCGAGGUGGCAUGAAUCGAGGGCUUCCGUCAUUCUCCCGUAAGGCUGACAUAAUACAAACGCAAUGCAUCAUCCUUCACGUAUUGCCGUUCAAUCUGGUUGAAUUUGGAAGGAGAACGAAUAAGGCGGCGUGCCGCCGUCAACGCCCGUUCUAUAAAAUGAAUGGUUUACCUGCCAAACGCACGCGCAUUAAGAACAUGACAAGGCGGCCCUGCGCUGGUAUAAAUUUCAAUCCCCACUCCAGAUCUGCCUCAAUCAAGCCCUUCAUCAUCCUCAUCAGCGUCUUUUGCCUUCUGCCUCCUUGUCUUUUGUUCUUCCACGAUCUCAGUUCCAUGGCAGAUCACGGCGCCCCGAGCUUUGAGAAGCCCAGGCUGGUGGUGAAGAAGGUCCUCGCCAAGUCGCAAGAAGACGGCGAUGGUGCUUCCGUCCGGAGAAGCAUUGGAAGGCCGGAAUUGAGGAACUUGGAUCCUUUUUUGAUGCUGGACGAGUUCACAGUUUCCGCUCCUGCUGGAUUCCCGGAUCAUCCCCACAGAGGUUUUGAGACAGUGACGUACAUGCUGAAGGGAGCUUUCACUCACCAAGAUUUCGCUGGUCACGAAGGCACAAUCAGGGCAGGAGAUCUGCAGUGGAUGACUGCUGGAAGAGGGAUCGUGCACUCAGAGAUGCCGGCUGCCGACGGCGAAAACCAAGGAUUGCAGUUAUGGAUCAAUCUCUCUUCCAAAGACAAAAUGAUGGAGCCGAGAUACCAGGAAUUGCAAAGCCAGGAAAUAAGCAGGGUGGAGAAGGACGGCGUCGACGUCCGCAUCAUCGCCGGCGAAUCCUUCGGCGUGCGCUCGCCCGUAUACACCCAAACGCCGACGAUGUUUCUCGACUUCACUUUGCAGCCCGGCGCGGAAAUCCACCAGCGCAUCCCCGAGUCGUGGAACGCCUUCGUCUACAUCGUCGACGGCGAGGGCCUCUUCGGCGACCCAAGCGCAGCCCCUGCGGCGAGCCACCACGUGCUUGUGCUCGGCGACGGCGACGGCCUGAGCGUGUGGAACCGAUCGGAGCGGCCGCUAAGGUUUGCCUUGAUCGGAGGGCAGCCGCUGAAGGAGACCGUGGUGCAGCACGGCCCAUUCGUGAUGAACACCCACGCAGAGAUCCAGCAGGCCUUCCACGAUUACCAGUACGGAAUGAAUGGCUUCGAGAGGGCUCGCAAGUGGAAAUCUCAGCAAUAGAUCAAAUGUAUCGUUUACUUCACAUGUUCCGCUGCAUAUUCAUUGUUUACCCCUUGAAAUAAUGUCACGCCCCGGGGUCUAGUUUCCGGUAUUCACUCGGUGACAAUAUAAUAUAAGAAAUCUUAGGAACUAUCAAAAUAGAAUAAUUAAGAAUGUAUCAAAUUUAUAUA